GCCGUCUUCGUUUAGAGCAAGCAUCUAUAUAUAAAUCAUAUGUUUCUUUUGUAUCUCCAAAUUGUACUCGAUGGAAUAGCCACUAUUUAUAUUUUGCUAGCAUUAUUAAGUCUCAUACUGCACUCAAAAAUUUAGCUACAAAAAUAGAAGAUGAAGAUGAUAAUAAUCUUAACGGUUUUUCUAGAAGUAUCCUUUCUAAUAUUUCAGAUAAUGAGUGGUGGAAAAACCUUAUACAAUUAAAGGUUCUUCUCGAACCGUAUAUGGCAUCAUUAAAUAAACUUCAACGAGACAAAGGCUGUCUCACUGAAGUUUUACAUAGCUUCAGAUGGAUUGUACACUAUUAUAAAUCUUGGUUUGGUAAACCUCCAUAUUCUAUUUUGUAUGAAUUGCAAUAUUAUGAAAAUGAAGAAUAUCCAUUUAAUAAAGAAUUUUUUGACCAAUUUGGUGGUAACGUUCUACAAUAUUGGAAUUUUUGUAAAGGAGUUGCUGUAGAAUUGCAUCUUGUAGCAUAUAAAAAAGUCCUUGCUAUGAGCCAAAUAAGAUCUGAGCUUUUACGUUCACGAAAUAUUGCGACAAUUGACAAGUUAUUAAAAACAUACAAGCAAACUAUUGCUAUUCUAUUUGAACAAAUAAGUUCCAAUGAUAAUAAUGAAGAUGAAUUUAUAUUAUCAGAAGAAAAUACUAACAAUGAUGAUAUUGAUACAGAAUACACCGGGGAUAGUGAUCAUAUGGAAGAAGUUAAAUGCGUAGAUGACUGGAAAAUUAAUUUAACUGAAGAAAAAGAUAAGCAUAUGCAAUCUAAUUCAUCUAGUUCAGAUGAAUUAGAAACUGAUUUGUAUGAUGAUGAAGACGAAGUAAUGCAUCAAGAUUAUUUAAUUCACCCUGCAGAUAAUUUGGGAGCAAAAUGGAAACUAACAGAUAUUUUUACGGAUUCAUUAAACCAACCUGAUUCCAUUCAUCUGCUUUUGGGUGAUUAG